AUGACGACGACGACGACGAUUCGGACGACCUCUUCUUCUCAUCCUACCGCUGACCGUCUUUUUCCUCCUCCUCCUCGUCCUUCUCUGCGAUCGCGUUCGAAAACGAGAGCAAAUGCUGAGAGUUUUAUCCGACGGAGGAGGAGGAAGAAGAACAACAACUCAAGCGUGUUGGCGUCGUCGUCAUCGAACGAGGAGACGACUUUAACGACGACGAUUCAGACGGGAGAAGGAGAGGAAGCAUCAAAGAGGAAGAUUUCUUCGACUUUAAGCGGCGCAAGCUUUACGACGAGCGCGAACAAAACAUCGCUGCCGCCGAGAACGUGCUCAGAAGCCGCGAUUGAAGCCAGAAAUGUGCUGAGAUAUUUACGAGAGAACAGAAGUGCCAAAAGGGACGUCGUAUCGACGAAACGAGUGCGAGUGGAACUCCCGCUUCCGAGAGAAUCCGAAGACGACCGAAUCGUUUGGCUGGGAUUACACGGCCAAGCGAGCGAUUGGUCCGGUGGCAUGUCGGAACGAUUGGCAAAGACGAAAAUUGUGGUCGAAACCAUGUUGAGCGGGUACGCGUUUCGAUAUUUGGGACUGUUGGAUAAAGACGCCGAAGGGAUGGGUUUGUGGACGGCGACGGAGGACAUGUCGAUCGUCGCGCACCCGAGCGAUACGACCAUCGUGCCAUUCUUUUUGAACUUGUUGAGAGGAGAGUACGGCGAACGCGUGGUGAACGAACGAGAACAUUUUUUAGUCGUCGUGAAUGGAUUUUGGAGCGGUAACGGAGAGAAGGUUGGUCAACCGUGGCAGUUUCGCUUGCGAGAAGAGGCCAAAGAGUAUUUAGCGACCGACACAAUCGGAGAAGAAAAAAGGUGGGAGAAAGUGUACUCCUGCAGACGCGCGCGGUCCGCCGCCGGCAUCGAAGGUACGCUCGUUCGAAGGUACCCCGAGCCGUGGUCCUUAUUCGACGCGAGAGGCGUUCGAUUACUCAAACAGUGGCGAGACGAACCGUCGAACCGAGAAAUCGCGGAGACGCUGAACGAAGACGCCGGUCAAGCCGAGGCGGUUGGGUUUACGAAAAACGCAAACGAGAUGAGCAGAGACGACGACGUGAUCUCGUAG